UCUAAGCUAGGUGAUAUAUAACAUUAUCGGAUGUCUGGCUUCCCUCUUGAGAUAAAGCAAGGAGGCAUCUCUUGUCUAACACAGGAGCCUCCAAAUCUCCAUCACUGAUCACAUUUAAUUCAAAGGAGCACCAUGGAUCAAUGGCAGGUUUGGAAUCAGGUGUUCAGAGCUAAGGGCCAAGAGAGUUCGACAAUCUCUCUCAUUUACCACUUGUAGAGAAACCCUCUUUGGCCAAUGGAAAACAAAUCUGGAUACAUGUGAAAAUUGUUCUUUUCUUCUAAUCAUCUAAGUUUGAUGAAAGUUUGAUGUUGUUGGAUUAUUUUUUUUCACCGUCGCUAUAUAAAUUCAAAGUGCACAAAAAAUUUGGAAGAACUUUCAUUUAUUUGGAUAAAUAUUAGAUUACAUUUUAACUGGACAAUUCAAUCUAUUGCAAACUGCCAGAAAUACUGUAAGAAAAUUUCUGGAAAGCAUAUAGCUUCCAGUUGUUGAAAACUUUGUCAAAGGCUUCUUGAGAACUGCAUUGAUACUGGCUGCACACAAGCAGGUGCUAAAUAUAACAUUCAAAUAACGGGAGCCUAAUUAUCAUUUGAGUUAGCACUUCUGAUACUGUCAAUUCCAUUUAAGCUCGCAGCUUACAAUGCUCGACCACUAAGUGUAGAAAUACGGAGGAUUUAGGAUUCAUUUUCUAACUAGGAGGUGGAAUUUAAAAUAAAAUUCAUUUAAAAAAAAAAUCCCCUAUCUUGUAAUUCAGUAUAUCGGAACCCCCUAAAUCCUUUAUUCCAGAAUUGGAGUAAAAUGGACCCCUCAUCGCUUCAGUGGGAUAAUGAUCGGCAACAAUACAGGUAGAAAGCUUUAAUGGGAUAGAUUUUUUCCUCAGUGAGUGAAUGAGGCUGAACAGAAUAGGACCAAUUAAUAAAACGGCUGAAUGAUCCCCGCACUUCUGAUGGAAUCUACAGCAACUGUCGGAGAUACAAAUUCUGUGUGAUACAGGAAAAUAAAUUACAGUGAGGGAUUAUAAGGCCCAAAGUAUUUCCUUUUCCAUUCAACUGUGGAAAAUAACUUGCAUUCUACUAUUCCUGAAUGGGAAAAAAACCCUGAAUGAAUUGGAGUUUCAUAAAAAGAAGAAUUAUAUUUGAAAUUUUUAUGAAAAUUAUAAUAACUCUCCUGUGUAGUUAAAAAACUAGAAAUAAUUGUGGAUGCUUUCAAAGUUGUCACCAUGGAAUUAAGACAGAAGAAAGUGAAUUAAGGUGUAUUCAAUCUUAGGGACGGAAUAUAAUAUUCCCUGUACCCAAGUGCAAAUUGUUGAAAAUUUCCAGGAGAAACAAAUUUCUUAAAUGCCGGUUGGAAAUGUAACCGCGUAUUACACCAAGACUUCGCUCGAACAAGGAAUAACCAAUGGAAUGUUUCUGGUGGAAAAUACAAGUGUUCAACUGAAGACCAAUGAGUGUCCAUUCUACCAUGGAGUACUCAACGGAUCAGUCAACUGUAGUGAAAAUCUGGCCAUUGUGGACGAGCCACGGGGCUACAAUUGGCCCAUUCUGUUUCUGACCCCCCUGAUAUUCUUUGGGGUGGGUGGGAAUAUUUUGGUGUGCAUGGCCAUUUCCCUGGAGAAACGGUUACAGAGUGUGACAAAUUAUUUUCUUCUUUCUCUAGCUAUCACGGACCUACUAGUUUGCAUCAUAGUUAUGCCAUUUACAGUGAUAAAUGACUUUGCAGGGUACUGGUUAUUUGGACCAAUAAUCUGUAACCUCUAUGUGACGGCUGAUGUCUUGAUGUGCACCGCCUCCAUCCUCCACCUCUGUACCAUAUCUUUAGACCGCUACAUGGCUAUCCGCUCCCCCCUAACCACCAGAAACAUCUCCAAGUCCGUCGUGGUCAUCAAACUGGCCAUCGUCUGGGUCACCUCUAUCGCCAUCUCCAGUCCAAUCACCAUAUUAGGGUUUAUAAAUGAGAGCAACGUUUUUUCGAACCAGCACUGUGCUUUAUCAAACGGUAACUUCAAGAUCUAUGGAUCCGUCUGUGCUUUUUUCAUUCCGCUACUCAUCAUGGUUUUGUCUUAUGGACUGACAUUGUAUACGUUAAUAAGCCAAUCUCAGAAGCUUCAUGCUCAAGGGAAGGAGAAUGAACAACCCGUCAUACGAAGGUCCCUGAGCAGGAAGCCAUUAAAGCGAGGGACCAGAGUCCGAUUUCAGACCAGAAAUCGCAGCACUCAUCACCAAGAAGAGGCUGAUGAGCAUUUAUACACGCCCAUAAUAAAUCGCAAAUCUAUCCCCAAAACAUCCUUACAUUCUAGCAUGGAAAACAUGUGCGAAAUUUCUAGCCAGAAAGGUACAUGUGCAACCUCUCCAUUAAUAGACAAUCAUCAUCAAUCUAGAAAAACUCCCACAAAAGAAUUCAGCAUGUCAGAUUCUAGCUGCCAUCUUAAUAUCGACCAUGGGUCCAAUGACCAGUCCAAAGAAAUUGUGCCUUGGACUAGGACAAGAUUAAUUCUACCCAACGGCCAUACCAGCAAUCUAAGGGGACUAGUCAGAAAGCACCAGUUAGUCCUCAAGGCCACCAGCAUAUUGCUGAUGAAGAAAACACACAUUAAGAAGCUAGACGACGUCCAUACAGAGCAGAAGGCUUCUAAAGUGAUUGGGAUAGUGUUCAUAAUCUUUGUAGUGUGCUGGGCACCGUUCUUCAUUCUCAACAUUAUGACUCCUCUGUGUAAGGACUGUAGGAUUCAGCCUGCGUUGUUUGCCUCCUUCAACUGGUUGGGUUACAUUUCUAGCACCCUGAACCCAAUCAUCUACACCAUGUUCAACAAGACAUUCAAGUUGACCUUCAAGAAACUUCUGUUGUGUCGCUACGACCGUAUCCAACGUAAACAAAGGGUCCAGAGUUGGAUGGUCAGCAAUGGAUCAUUCUAUCACAAUGGCUCCGACUCAAACAACAGUAUAGACAAGUGUGACACUCCAUGCUGAUCACUGAGUACAGGCUGUCAACCAUGUGACAAUUGCUGGUCAACCAUGUGACAAUUGCUGAUCAACCACGUGACAAUUGCUGGAAACAUCAUAUCACAUGUGACAGACACUCAGGUGACUUACUUGAUCUUGUGUGACAAUAUCUUUGACAUGUGGAUCAAAAUACAGCUGUACACAAUAUGUUGAUCAUGUGAAAGUCAUGUGACAAUACAUGUCAUUCAUGUGUGACUUUCCAUGUGGAUCAUGUGACAUGACAAUCAUGCACUAAUUGGAAACAAAAAUACAAAUCUUGUGACAAUUGGGAAAAAUGCCAAGCAUGUGAUCUGUUGGAAACAAUUCAUGUGAUGUAUUGUGUAAGAAACCGUGAGGUCUACCAUGGAGUGAUGUGAUGUAAAAUGUAACUGUACUGCACUGAAGAAAACAAGGAAGACUGGAAACUCUAUCAUAUUGUGAUAAUUGUGAUUCCUGGAGUUGUGUCUAGUAAGUGUACCAAUAAAUGAGGAACAUUAUAAGUGACCAUCUAGAAAUUGAUAC